CAUAUUGCGUUGUUAGAAUAUAUAUGAAACCCCCAUCUACUGGUUUUGAUCGGAUUUGUAUAGGAUGGGGAAGGAAUCAAGGAGCUUUGUUCUGACUGGAAGUUCAUUAUUCUGCCUACUUAUUUUUGCUUUCCUUUAUGCUGCAUUCUUCACAUGGAGUUUCAGUCCAUUAGAUUCAUGUAAUUCUUCUAAAUUGUAGUCAAAUUUUGAUCUUGAUUUUUCGUUUUCUCAUACUAGGUUUGGCUGAUUUGAGUUUGUUUGGAGAUGAAGGGAAGCACCAUUUAUGGAAUUGGGGUAGAAGCUCUAGUCAUGCUGCAGAGAAGAUUGAUAGAGACAUGGAAGAGAGAGAACCACUGAGGUCCAUUCUGAGAAGGCUAGUGAGAGGGGAAGAUCGAGUCAAGCUUGAAGCCACUGGAUUUUCUUGCUACUCAGAUCUUCAUUCAGAAGUCUGCGUCACCGAUAAACCAGUUAGGAUCAACAACCAUACAGUUUACGUAUUGUCUGAUCAAAGUUCAGAUGAAUUUAAACAGAGUGUUCAGCCAUAUGCAAGGAAAGAUGACGAAAUCGCCAUUGAAGGCUGUUAGCCCAGUGCAGAUACUUCACGGAAACAUUAACCCACCAGCUUGCCAUUUCACCCACGAUGUCCCGGCCAUGGUCUUCUCUUCCGGCGGGUUCACAGGAAACCUCUUUCAUGAAUUCAAUGAGGUGAUCAUCCCCUUAUUCAUCACAUCCCAACAUUUCUGGUACAAGAGGAUUCUGAAACAGUUGUCUGCAUACAACGCUAUAAACCCAGCAGAAGAUGGAAGCGUGCACUGCUUCCCCGGGGCUGUUAUCGGUCUCAAGUAUCACGACAAUCUGGCCCUCAAUACCAGUGACAUUCUUGGAGGCUACUCCAUGAGUGACUUCAAGCAUUUUCUCAGAAAAUCAUACAGCCUGAAGAUUACAACUGCGUCUGAGAUAGAACACCCUAAGCCUCACCGCCUUAUAAUAUCAAGCUUGGACAAGUUUGCCCAGGUUGUGAACUCGUGUAGUGUGAUGGUAGGAGCCCAUGGUGCCGGCCUAGCAAACUCAGUAUUGCUGCCUGCCGGAGCAGUGAUGGUGCAGGUGGUGCCACUGGGGCUGGACUGGGCAUCGGCAGCCUACUAUGGAGACCCAGCUAGAAAGAUGGGUGUGCAGUAUUUGGAGUACAAGAUUGAGGCAGAAGAGAGUUCCCUCUUUGAUUUAUAUGGUCGGGAUCAUCCGAUUAUUGCCGAUCCCCAAUCCAUACAUUUGAAAGGCUGUGAUGUUGCUAGAGCUGUGUAUCUGGACGGGGAGGAUAUGAAGAUCAACCUAGUGAGGUUCAGGGAGAUUCUGGUUCAAGCAAGAAAGCUUCUUGGAAACCCCACGUCAUUCAAAUGAAAAAAUUACACACUGCAAAGGCCUCAUUCAUUCAA